AUGAACGCGUCUGCCGGGACAGGGGUGUUUGUCCUGUCGCUCAUGUCCAUACCCAUCUCCUAUUUUUUCAACUCCCUUAUUUACAGCAACAGUGCUGAAGCAGUCCUGUCAGCUGGGUGCACAACUCUACUUAUCCUGGCAAUUUCGGCACGCCUUCUGUUCAAGAGGAAGGCUCCAGAAGACCCGCUUUUCUAUGUGUAUGGAGUGCAUGCCUUCCUGAGUGUGGUGAAUCUGAUCAUUGGGCUGGAGCAGGACAGCAUCAUUGAUGGCUUCGUGACCUUCUACCUCAAAGAGGCAAAUCCUCAUAUUAAUACAGCCCACGGCCACAUGAUUGCCUACUGGGAUGGCUGUGUGCACUAUCUCAUGUAUCUGCUCAUGAUUGCUGCGAUUACAUGGGGGGACAGUUACAGAGCCAUUGGACUCUACUGGGUAGGAUCCUUUCUCACACGUGUCAUAGUCUACAUUCUUGGGAAUGUUGUGGGGAAAUAUGGGAUCCAUGUCGGCCCUCUCUUCCUCUUCCAUAUGCUGUAUAUCUCGGUGUCUGUGUGGGCCUGCUUCCGCGUCUUCAGCCAGCCCUCUACACGGGAUGUCCAGCUGUUGGGCAUUCAGGAGGACCAGAGGAAAAGUUUGGUGCACAGACCUCUGGACUUAAUGUUCAUCAUCUACCUCAUCCCUGCGAUGGCUUUUUGUAUUUUUAGGGGCCUGGUUGUCCUAGACUGUUCCAGCAAAUGGUGUCAAGAGUACACACAGCAGUAUGAGCCUUACCUGAAGGACCCCUCGGCCUAUCCUAAAAUACAGAUGCUGGUGAGCAUGCUGUACUCUGUGCCGUACUACAUCAUUGCUCUUUACGGGCUGCUGGUCCCGGGAUGCGAGUGGAUGCCAGAUCUGACCCUUGUGCACUCGGGGGCGCUGGCACAGGCCCAGUUCUCUCAUAUCGGUGCGUCUCUUCACACUCGGACACCGUUCUCCUACAGGGUGCCCGCUGAGAGCCAACCUGUCUUCCUGCUGGUCAACGUCCUGUACGCUCUGGUGCCGCAGGCCCUGUGCUACCGCUGUGCCGCCAGACCGGCCUUCUUCCUCCGACCCACACCUGACAAGAGUGAAUGA